UGAGGCAAUCUCCAUUUUGAAGUAGUCAAUUUUCUUCUUCACAAUUGGCUGAUCCUUCCUGGACAUGACUCCAACAGGGUCACCAGGAGGGAUCAGCAAAUGCAGUUGGAAGUCCCACCCAGUUGACUACAUGAAAAUGGUGGAAGCCUGCAAUGGGGACUUGGCUGUGGUAUUUGUAACUGAAGGUCAAGGUUGGGAAAUAGAGGAAGCGGAUGUUUUGUUUGAAUCAGAUUGCGUGUCUAGUGGAGAUGAGAGGAAAAAAAUAUUGGAUUUACAAUGGCAAAUACAAAACGAUAUAAGAGAAGAAAAGUGGUAGUGGAAUCCAAGCCAAGGUGAAGGAGACAGAGGUGGCAAGAAUACGGGCUGUCCAGCAUGUCUCCUAUCCGGAGGCAUUGAGAAGAGUGGAAGAAAUGAGUGAUGUUGAAGAACUAAUGAUAGUAGGAGUAGAGACACCAGAGACAAUUCCUUGGUCAACAGAGGGAAUCUGAAAUGUUGCAUGUAAAGAAGGUGGAAAAGCUGAGGAAAUGGACUUCGUCGUGAGUGCGAUUGAGGGUUUUGGGGGAAAUUGGGAUUUUACAGCAGAGGCAUUACAAUGCAUGUUCAUCACAGACCCUUGAGCCUGUGUAGGGAAGUUAUUUGAAUUGUGAGUGAAGGAGUAGAAUGGGUUUUUAAUAAAAAUGUUGUAGUUUGUAUAAUGUCAGGACCCCCUUUCCCGCGAUUGAUAUAAUUUUGUUUCACUACCAUUUACAGUAGGUGGCGGCAAUACACCAGUAGUCUGCCAUAAUUCCUCAAAGUAGAAUAAACCAGCAAAUGCUCAGGCUAAUAUGACCUUUUUGGCCAGUAGAGGCCUCUAUCAUUCUCUUUGGUUCCUCUAUAUCAUUUCCGCUUUACAUUUUCACAUUCCCGCCAUCAUCGAGUACGGUAGGAAAACGUCGUGUGUGUGUGGACCACACUGUCAACAAAAUAAUAUUGGGGCCACCGAAUGCCGGCAAAAAAACAAUUUACUACUCCCUUAGGACUUAUAUAGAGAUAUUUUAUUUUUUAUUUUAAAAGUUUCGGUUCAGGGAUAUUUCAUUCGGGCAGGCUCCUCGUGGAGUGCAAUGAGAGGCAGGUGGUUAGAGCGUUGGAACUAGUUAACCAUAAGGUUGCAAGAUUGAAUCCCAGAGCUGACAAGGUUAUUUUGGAGAGCACCACCCUGACAGUCACCAAUGGCAGUUGCAGUGCCCAAACUCUCCAGUGGUGCUGUUGUCAAAAUCCGCUACAACAGCAUAGAUGUGGGCACCACUCGAUGGAAGGAGGGGACCUUUGAGGUUCUUGAGAAGGAUAACAAAGUCAACCUGUGCCUGAAGUUUAGUGCCGGUGGUGCAGCCAAAAGUUUCCAGCUCAACCAUAAUGUGAAUAAUGUCGUGAUGCAGCCCAUACACACUAUGAGACGAAUUGUGGUGACUCUGAAGGAUGACAGCAUAGUCACCCUUGAGAGGGUUCCCCCUGUUGUGGCUGAGAAAAUGAAAGAAUACCUUGAAAAGCUGAAGCAUGGAAAAUCAACCGUUUUAAAGACCUCCCAGGGAAGUGCCAGCUUUGGUGUGCUCGGGAAUCGAUCCGUAAAGAAUGAGACCAGUCCGCAUGGAGAACGACAGACAACACCCAGGCGACCCAUUGUGGACAACAGGGAGGAGACGACGACCCGCAAGCCCCUGGGUAGCCCCAGCAGAGUGACCUCCACACCUGCCCGCAGUGGGCUGUCUGAGAACAGGAAUGAGAAGAGGAAGAGACUCCACAUCUUUGACUGUGACCUGACUGAGGACUACCCCAAGGAGAAUGACUCAUCCAGCAACAACAAGGCCACGUCGGACCCCUCCAGGAAAUUUCUGCUGAGCUGCAAAGACAAGCUGAAACAGGCGGAGGAGAACCGUAGCUCAGUUUCACUGGUCCAGGCACCACUUCAGCCCACGUCAUUCUACGGCAGCCGAUCGGCGACCAAAGAUUACUCCGCGAGUCAAUCCUUUCUAGACAGGCCAUCCACUACAUCCCAGACCACCUCGGCUAAGAGAAGUCUCAUGUUACCCAAUCACUCAACCCCCUUAAAGAAAGUGCGCCCCACUCUGGACUACGGUGGCUGGAACAAACCGAGACCGUCCACUCUGGCCCAGCCCCAGCCUCCACUGCAAGGAUUCUCCAACCUGGGCAACACGUGUUACAUGAACGCCAUCCUCCAGUCUCUUUUCAGCCUGCCAUCAUUCUCCAAUGAUCUGCUGAAGCAGGGAAUCCCAUGGAAGAAGGUCCCAUUCAACGCCCUGCUCAGACGCUUUGCCCACUUGCUGGCCAAGAAGGACAUCUCGUGCCCCGAGGUGAAGAAAGACCUGCUGAGGAGAGUGAAGAGUGCCAUCUCCUCCACCGCCGAGCGCUUCUCCGGAUACAUGCAGAACGAUGCCCAUGAGUUUCUGAGCCAGUGCCUGGACCAGCUGAAGGAGGACGUGGAGAAAAUGAACAAGAGCUGGAAAAGCGAGUCGGCAGCGGCCGCGUGGGAUGAGCCUCCCCAGCAGGCGGCCGCAGCCCGGCCCGGGGAGGAAGCGAACACCUCGCGCAUCUACACCUGUCCUGUGGUGGUUAACAUGGAGUUUGAGGUGCAGCACACCAUCACCUGCAAAGACUGUGGUGAGGUGGUGACCAAGCGAGAGCAGUUCAACGACCUGUCCAUUGACCUGCCUCGCAGGAAGAAGACCAUCCCUCUCCGGUCCAUCCAGGACUCUCUGGACCUCUUCUUCAGGAUUGAGGAAUUCGAGUAUUCGUGUGAGAAGUGCAGUGGGAAAGUGGCGACAGUGACUCAUAAAUUCAGCCGACUCCCCAGAGUUCUGAUUCUGCACCUGAAGCGCUACAGCUUCAACGCCCAGCUGUCACUGAACAGUAAGCUAGGCCAGCAGGUGAUGAUCCCCCGCUACCUCACGCUGCUGUCCCACUGCACGGACGCCACUCGACCCCCACUCAGUCUGGGCUGGAGCGCAAACGCCGCCAUGUCACGAACACUGAAGGCCUCCCAGUCGGUGAACUCCUCCUCACUACUUCGGAAAUUGUCUCUGAAGGCGGGGGGCAGCUCCAGCACUAUCCUGGUGGACUCUGACAGCGAGGAGGAGCUGAGCCGGAAGGUGGUGAGCCGCAAGCGCCGCCUCAGCGACUGUCUGCCCGACGACAGAGCAGAUGAGGUCCAGCGAGGCGUCCACCACACAGACGCGUCAGACUUCAACAGCAUCAACGAUGAGGAAAUGCUGGCGGCGGUGCUGGAGAUGAGUCGCCAGGACGCUGGGCUCUCCUGCCACGCCCCUGAGGACGAGCCAACCAGCAGCCCUGACACGGGCUUCGGCGACGCCGACGCCCAGGAGAUGAACUACCGCCCAGACCUGCUGGAGACGGACACUAAGCCGUCUGCAGACGUGCUGGACUCCCUGGACCUGACCAUGGACGAGAACAAGGAGAACCAAACCCCCGAGGGGGUGCAGGGGGAUCUGGACUGGGUGCAGCAGUAUGGCCUGGAGCAGGAGAGGGAGGAGCAGGAGCUGCAGCAAGCCCUAGCCCAGAGCCUGCAGGAGCAUGAAGCCCAAGAGAUGAGGGAGGACGACGACCUGAAGAGAGCCACAGAGCUCAGCCUGCAAGAGUUCAACAAUUCGUUGCCGGAGCUGCUGUGUUCAGACGAGGACUCUGGGAACGAGGAGGUGCUGGAUAUGGAGUACAGCGAUGCAGAGACCGAGGAUCUGAAGAGAAAUGCUGAGAGUGGAGACUUGGCCAACUCGUUCCGGCUGAUCAGUGUAGUCAGUCACAUCGGGAGCAGCUCCUCCUCUGGCCAUUACAUCAGCGACGUGUACGACAUGAAGAAGCAGUCGUGGCUGACCUACAACGACCUGGAUGUGUCGCGCACGCAAGAGGCCACGGUGCAGAGAGACCGUGACCGCAGCGGAUACAUCUUUUUCUACAUGCACAAGGAUGUGUUUGAGGAGCUGUCUGAGCUAGAAAGGACAGGGGCCAGUGGAGGAGCCUCUGAGGCAGGGAGGACUGUCCUGCAGCCCCUCUGAGCCACCAGUCUGUCAUCAGUCACACACCAACCAACACACUGAGCUCUCCCCAACAGAUGGGUCGGGUUUGGGAUGAAGGAGAACCUUUCUCCAGUACUACUGAUCACCAUCCACAUUUUUCUGUCUUCAGGCACUUUGUGCUUUUUUAAAACAAAACAACAGGCCAUGGUAGCUUCUGUCGCGAAGGCAGGCUCAGACGUCAGCACACACAGCCAACGUCCUUCUCGCCAGGUCUGUUCGGAAAUGAGAGACGGUGCUCUCAAAAGAAAGAAAAGAGACUGUUCUUUGUUUAUUAAACACUGAGAGAUAUUAGCCCUGAACUUUUCAGGCUUCUUUAUUUAAUUUUCUAUGAUUUGUUGUUGUAAUAUAGUAUUUCUUGGCACACAUGAUAUUAACUGUCAUGCAUUUAAGAAAUUAAAUCGUAUGUGUCAGAUGCUGGUGCUCCUUGGAUUGUAUGGUUUUUACUUUUUAUUUCCAAUAUAAUUUAAAUGUAUUCUAAAAUAUAGUUUAGGGUAAGGAGGGUGUACUUUUUUUGUUCUAUACAGUGCAUUUGGAAAGUAUUCAGACACCUGGACUUCUUCCACAUUUUGUUAUGUUACAGCCUUAUUCUAAAAUGAAUUAAAUUGUUUUUUUCCCUCAUCAAACUACACACACAAUGACCAGCAAAAUCAGGAUUUUAGAAAUGUAAAAUCGUGUUCACUUCCGAGCUCCGGCUGGGCCACUCAAGGACAUUCAGAGACUUGUCCUGAAGCCACUCCUGCAUUGUCUUGGCUGUGUGCUUAGGAUCGUUUUCCGGUUGGAAGGUGAACCUUCGCCUGAGGUCCUGGGCACUCUGGAGCAGGUUUUCAUCAAGGAUCUCUCUAUACUUUGCACCGUUCAUCUUUCCCUCUAUCCUGACUAGUCUCCCAGUCCAUGCAGCUGAAAAACAUCACAGCAUGAUGCUGCCACCACCAUGCUUCACUGUAGGGAUAGUUCCAGUUUUCCUCUAGAUGUGAGGCUUGGCAUUCAGGCCAAAGAGUUCAAUCUUGGUUUCAUCAGACCAGAGCAUCUUGUUUCUCAUGGUCUGAGUCCUUUAGAUGCCUUUUGGCAAACUCCAAGCGGGCUGUCAUGCUUUUUACUGAGGAGUGGCUUCCGUCUGGUCACUCUACCAUAAAGGCCUGAUUGGUAUGCUGCAGAGAUGGUUGUCCUUCUGGAAGGUUCUCAUCUCCACAGAGGAACUCUAGAGCUCUGUCAGAGUGACCAUCGAGUUCUUGAUCAUCUCUCUGACCAAGGCGCUUCUCCCCCAAUUGCUCAGUUUGGCUGGGCGGCCAGCUCUAGGAAGAAUCCUGGUGCUUCCAAAAUUCUUUCAUUUAAGAAUGGAUGGAGGCCACUUUUCUUGGGGACCUUUAAUACUGCAGGAAUGUUUUGGUACACUUCCCCAGAUCUGUGCUUCGACACAAUCCUUCAACCUCAUGGCUUGGUUUUUGCUCUGACAUGCACUGUCAACUGUGGGACCUUGUAUGGACGUGUGUGCCUUUCCAAAUCAUGUCCAAUCAAUUGAAUUUACCAUAGGUGGACUCCAACUGGUAUCAACAUAAAGGAUGAUCAAUGAAAACGGGAUGUACAUGAGCUCAAUUUUGGGUCUCGUAGCAAAGGGUCUGAAUGCUUAUGUAAAAUGGGAUAGUUCAUUUUCACACCACAAAUCUAAACCCGCUUUUGCUUUCUCAUUAUGGGGUAUUGUGUAGAUUGAGGAUUUGUAUUUAUUUCAUCCAUUUUAGAAUAAGGCUGUAACAAAAUGUGGGGAAGGGGUCUGAAUACUUUCCGAAUGCACUGUAUGCCGCGAAAUGUGGCGCAAUAUUUAUUUUGUGGCAUGGAUUUGCCAAUUCUGCUUGUAUUUGUUUCAAGUCUGUUCAUUUGAGUUGGGUGAUAAAGGAAGUUUGCAAUUUCUUUCAAUUAUUUACUUAUGGACUGUUUGUUGCUGUUUUAUUCAUGUUUUAUAAAUCUUAAGCUAAACAGUCGCUUGUCUUUUGUAAGCUUACAAUCAUAGGGGUUCCCUAGUGUAGGGGUUUUCAAACUGGGGUCUGUAUAUUUUGUUUCUUUUUUGGAUGAACAAUAUUUAGAUUUUUUUUGCUUAGGUGUGAAAUAUUAUUUUAUGAAUAUCGCUAGCUGCAACAAUAUCAUCGUGGAUACCAUUUUUAUGUCUGCGUCUAGUAUGGAAGUUGGGAGGUAGUUUCAUGAGCCAACACUAUCUAGCAUUAGCGAAAUUACAACGUGUACAAAAAUAGCUGUCGCUCUUCAUCCGACUGGGGAAAGUAGAUAAAUGGCUUCAUGACAAAAUCUCAAAACUAUCCCUGUAGGAAAUUUGUAAUUGGAGCUAAUUACAGGUUUCUUUUCUGUAUAGAGCAAUUCUUAGGCGGGCCAUCUUAAGUGGUAAUUUUUACCCAAAUUAAACUAACAACUAGAUUGAAAGCAUGCAGAAAAGAUAUUGAACUCUAUUUUUUUAUAGUGCUGUCUUUUGGGAACUAACAAUCAAAUAAAAGUCAGAAAAAAACAGCUGUUCAGGGCACAUCACUAUUGAUUUUUUUUUUUAAAUGUUUGAGCAAAGGAACAUAGCAUUAGCCAUGGCAAAAUGCAUAGAAUUAAAACAGCAAAAUUGUCUCUCGGCUCAAUGCAAAUUUCCAGAAAUGUUCGUUUGGCAUCAAAACAGCAAAGCUUUCUCAGCUCAAUGUAAAAAUGUGUAGAAUUGAUGAAAAUUGCUUUACAGCAGCAACAUUUUCUCAAUGCCACCAAGGUACACUACCUUUUCUAGCUAAUAGACUAGAGUUUACACUUCCUCUUCCAAUGAACUGUGUUUAGGUCAAAAUAAUAAAUGUUUACCAAAUCUCAA